AUGCGGGAGCAUUCUAAUACUCUCAGGCAAUUAACAGUGUCAAAUUCGGACUCUGGAACUACACCAGCUACCAACGUCUCACAAAGCCAAUUGUCCAGUUCCCCUGCUGUUUAUUCGGCAUCUCCGCAUGGCUCUGGUGUGUCUGCUCAACCCACUCCAAGCGGGAUAUCGGGAGUGUCAAGGGCCAUAGAUCUGGGAACAGACGUCGCACUUCCUCCAAUGAGUAUUCCGCUAUGGCAUUCGACAACUACUGGAUCUCUGCUAUCCUGCCCCUUGGUAAGAUCCCUCCUGGGAGACUACCCGAGUGAUGUUUUUCUUCGCAUAGAAGAGCGUCGCAAACUACCGAGUCAGCUGAAAACAGCAUUCCAACCUGGAGUUGCACCGGAUAUCCCAUAUUUUGAUCGUGCAAUCACCGAUACUUUCAUUGAGACAUAUUUCCAAACAGUGAACCUGCAACAUCCGAUUCUUUCCUAUGAAGACUCCAUCACACAUUACCAUUCAUUUAUCUCAGAGCCUCUACAUGUAUCCCUGGAAUCUAGCUUUGUAUUGGUGACGCUGGCAUUGGCAGAAGCCGCGACGACGCAACCACCAGAACGACUCGAGGUAGAUUGGUCGCCGGGGAGUAUCUAUAUUUUACCAGCCCGGACCAUUGCUCUAGAUGCAUAUUUGAAUGCGACUGUGACCAGUGCCGCCCUUCCCAGAUGUCUGUAUCUUAUUGCUCUUUAUUACAAGUACCUCUCGCGACCACUUGAUGCCUGGAAACUCGUCCACAUGGCAUCCACCAGCUUCCAACGCCUAUGGAUAAGGUGA